CUUGGAAAAAGAAAAAUUACAAACAUUUUUCGUAAACUUUGAUGGACGUGUUAGUAUUUGUAGCGAUAUAUGGGAGGAUACUUAUCAUCAUUUAUAUUAUUUGGGUCUUACUUCACAUUAUAUUGAUGAUGAUUGGAAUAUGCAUAAACGUGUUCUUGCUUUUCGUGAAUUCAAUGAUCGUCACACUGCUGAUAAUAUUUAUAUUCUAAUUGAGCGUAUUUUAAUUGAGUAUAAUUUUAUUGAUAAGGUGUUUGCUGUAGGUUUUGAUAAUUCUAGUAAUAAUACUGCUGCUAUACCUAGAUUGCGUGAAUUGUGUGGUGCUUCUACAUUGAUGGGUAGGUUUUUUCAUCAACGUUGUUCAUGUCAUAUUCUAAAUUUGUGUGUACAAGAUGGCUUAGCGGCAUUAGGAAAUGCUUUGGAGGUAGUGAAGAGUGGAAUUAAAUUGAUUUGGGCUAGCACUCCACUAAAAAUGAAAUGACGAUUACUAUUAUGCUUCUUUUUUUCCAACUCAAGAGUUCGAUGAUAAUCCCAUAGACCCUAAACAAGAAUUCAACGAGGUUAGUAAUUUAUUUUAAUCAAUUGUAUAAUGAAUUUCAUGCACAAUAUGUUAAUGCACCCCCUCCCAUGCCACGAACAUCUUCUUCAUCUAAAGGAAAAUCUUUUUUAACAGAGCCGGCUUUGGGCCCUAGGAAGAUAAGCAAUUGCCUAGGGCACCAAUUUGAGAGGGG